AUGUCAUUCUUUUUAUCAAGAUGGACUACCCCAACCACCAAUAAACGUGAUCCAAGAAAUAUGGUAGAAGUCUUGGAGGACGAAACUGAUGAGUUUUUCUAUGAAGAAACUAGAAAUUCUACUAGAAAUGAAAGCUUAAAUAAAACGACACAAACGAAAUCAAUAGAAGAACUGUCUAUGAACGCUGUAGAUAAAAAGGCAUUCAAAGAUAUACAACGUCGACCAGAUGAAAAACGCAGAGACGACGUCCGCCGAAAGAAACGCAGAAAACUCAGAGGAAAAAACAGACGGCUGCAAGCUUCGCAGACUGAAAAUACGGGUCUCAAUUCUCGAAAGAGAUGUGACAAAAAACUCAUCAGAAAUUGUUGGAAUGAACAACACGAUGAUGUUACGGGGCUUGGUCUCGGGCGCGACGGCCGCUGCUGCUAUGACGUCAGCUGGGAAAAACACGCCGAAUGCGUUAUGCCACCAACCUACCGCGCCGACGUCCGGCUUUACACCAGCUUCGGGGCCGCCACCGGCACUUCCGGUCCCGAGGCCACCACUCUCUCAUCCUGCGUAUUUCGGGCCACCUCCGCCGAUGACGACCGGAACGGCGGUGUUCCCCAGUAACCCCGUGCAGAAGCCGCGCACUCCCGAGGUGGCCGGAGCUCGGGGAGCCGUGAGGAAAGCGGUGAAAACCUUC